AUGUACUCCAACGUAGAAGCUGAAGACGAGUUAGUCCCUGGAAGCCGGCUCACCUCCAGCUUCUCCAACUAUGAAGUAUUAACUAUCCUUGGAGAAGGGACUUUUGGCAAGGUUGCAAAAUGUGUCAGGAUGGCUGACAAGAAGACUGUAGCCAUCAAAGUAAUGAAAAAUUACUCAGUAGAGGUGGCAAACAUUGAGGCGGCUAUGCUAUACAUGCUCAGCAUGCAUAACAGCCACAAACACAACAUGGUUGAAUGGUAUCGGGCUUUUAUGGAUAGAGGCCAUCCAUGUCUGGAGUUUGAGUAUCUCGACAAAAGUCUGUUUGACUUUAUGCAAGAAAGACAUUUUCAGCCACUCAGUUUAACGGAGAUUCGACCAAUAGUCAUGCAGAUUGCAAUAGCUCUGAAACACCUGAAGUCUAUUGGAAUCAUACAUGCAGACCUCAAACUAGAGAAUGUAAUGUUAGUCAAUCACCAACAAGAGCCAUACCAAAUUAAAUUGAUUGACUUCGGCCUGGCUCAUGUCACCUCUGCUGCCACAGUGGGCUCUUACCUUCAGACCUCCCCAUAUCGGUCCCCGGAGAUUAUUCUAGGGCUUCCGUUUACAGAGGCCAUAGAUGUUUGGUCUCUGGGCAUCAUUACUGCCACUCUAUACGUCGGUUUCCUGCUGUACCCUGGAUACUGUGAAUAUGAGAUGCUCCGGGAACCCGAGCAUCAAAAUGAUGCUGAUAAAGCUGCAGAAAUGGCUGAUCGCUUAAUGUUCAUUAAAAUGAUUAAAGAACUGCUUCAGCUUGAUCCUGAAACACGGAUUACACCCGAACAGGUGCUGGAUCAUCCUUUUGCAACAAUGAGCCACAUGGCAUCCUUCUACGACCUGAGCUCCUAUGUACAGUCCUGUUAUCAGCACACAGAGAUCUGUAAGAAAAGCACAGUGUCUUCAGAUAGCGGGACAGGAGGGAGUGGGUCUCUGCAGCAGCCCGUCUCCGAGACCAGACAACCUGCCCAACAGCAGCUUCAUCCCCCUGCAGCUGAGAGCAAAAUCCUGGAGAGGCCCCCUUCCUCCAGGACCACAAACCCAUCCCAAAAAAACUGUCCUCCCCCUUCAAUUCAGAGGAGCAGACCCAACUGCUCCAGGCUCAGUCACUGUCAAACUGCCCAGACAGUUUCAGUCAAACCAAACUUUAAAAGAAGGCACCCUGAUGAAGAGAUAAAGGACACCAGUCAGUCAGUAAAAAGGAGGACGACUGACUGGAAAGAUAUGAGUGAAAAAACAUCCCCCUCUGACGCGACGUCAGACCAGUACCGAAAGAAAUUCCGGCAUUCUCCCGGUCCGUCCUGCUCAAGCAACAGGACACAGGGCUCCAUCACAGGGAAUAAGAGGAAGAUCAGGGUAAAACUGCCUUCCACAGCCCACAAAAGAGGGCGAGAAAAGCCCAUGAAGACAGCUGGAGCAGCUUUAGAUCCAAAGGACAGUCAGGCUGAUGACCACCGCUGCAGAGAAGCAAAAGGAGGAGCAGCAGUGCGCCAUCGAAGCAGCAAGGCAAAUCGUUGA